UGCGGGGUUGCGAUUGGUGUAGAUAAAUUGUUUCCGGGGUUAAAGGUUUACUUCCGGUUCAUACCUCAAACAUGGCGGAUAAAGAAAAGAAAAAGAAGGAGAGCAUCUUUGACUUGUCCAAAUACAUCGACAAGCCAAUUCGUGUGAAGUUUCAAGGAGGACGGGAGGCCAGCGGAGUUCUGAAAGGAUUCGACCCUCUAUUGAAUCUGGUGCUGGACGGUACGAUCGAGUACAUGCGUGAUCCAGACGACCAGCUGAAGCUGACAGAAGACACCCGGCAGCUGGGGCUGGUGGUCUGCAGAGGAACGUCCGUGGUGCUGAUCUGUCCUCAGGAUGGCAUGGAGGCCAUUCCAAACCCCUUCAUACAGCAGCAGGACGGCUGACCUGCUGGGUUUUGUUUUUGGUUUGUUUAUUUUGUUUUAAACUAAAAGAUCAUCUGAGGAAGCUGUUUGAGUUAAGAAUCAAGAGUAAAAAUGACUUUUGAAUGCACUUCCCUUUGGUUUGUAGCGUCCAGAUGUAAACCUCUGUUCUAAAGAGCUCAUGUGUUCGGUAGGAAGUGGAAACAGAAGAAUCUUUUCAUUUUUAUGCAGCAACAAAGUGAGCUUUUUACGGUUUGUUUUUGAUAAGAAAAUAAAAAGAAAGUGUGUGCUGGA